GCAGGCGCAGCCCCGACGGGGAGGGGCGGAGUCGGCCGGGAUGAGUGGCGGAGGGGAAGAGACCCCUGUGGGUUGUGAGGUCCCCACGGGCGGCGGCGGCAAGAAGCGGGACUCGCUGGGGACCGCGGGCUCAGCGCAUCUCAUUAUCAAGGAUCUCGGAGAAAUUCAUUCGAGACUUUUGGAUCACAGACCGGUUAUUCAAGGAGAAACUCGUUAUUUUGUAAAAGAAUUUGAAGAAAAACGCGGUCUUCGAGAAAUGCGAGUUCUUGAAAAUCUGAAGAAUAUGAUCCACGAAACAAAUGAACACACUCUCCCCAAAUGUAGAGAAACUAUGCAGGACAACUUACAGCAAGUCCUCCAGAGAUUGCAAGCGGCUAAUGACUCAGUCUGUAGACUCCAACAGAGAGAACAGGAACGAAAAAAGAUGUAUAAUGACCGCUUGGUGGCUAACGAGAAGCGGCGCAGCCUCCAGUGGGAAGAGUUUAUGAAGGAACAGCCCCAGAAGCGGGCAGCAGUGGACGAAGAGCACAGGAAGGCGGUGGCCAGGCUGCGGGAGCAGUAUGCCGAGAUGCAGAAGGACCUCGCCAAGUUUGCAACCUUCUAAGGAGCUGAGCCGCAGCAGUGCAGACGACGAGGAAACAUUGACUCCCAGACACGCCCACCCAGCCGCCUCACCUCUGCUUCCAGCCUAGCAACGCACUGGAGAACACACUUUUCCAUCAGAAGAAGGGAGCUUCUGGGGUCCUGAUGGGGUGUUUCAGAGUGCUACAUCUUCCUGGUUUUAAGUGCCUAGAUCCGACUAUUGGAAAGGGAAGGAGUAGGAGGAAAAAAAUGGGAUAAUUUUACUUUUUUGUUAAUCAGAAUUGACCCUUUUUCCCAUUGAUUGUCUCAGAGAACUGUAGGUAUAGAUUAGGAAGAUAUUUUAGUUCAUUCAUAUACAGAAUUACUUGCGGUUUAUUACUGUGGUUUAGAAGACAAGUAUAAGAGCUACCUGUUGUAGCCCACCGGCUAUUAGAAGAAUGCAUUAAGUGUUGUUCCAUGAGGAAUUUAGACAAAAGUCAGCUGGCCUUGGAGCACAGAUCAUGUUUAAGAGAAGUGGAGAUCCCAACACUGUCUUCACGGCGGCCGAGUUGGCCGUGCACUGCCAGCUGGGAGAGGCUGCGAGUUUGCAGUGCAGCCGAACGCCAUGUUUUGUUGGAUAACAAAGCACACGUGUUAAGUCUGGGAGCCUUCCAGCACUUAAUAUUUUCAGCUUUUAAAACAUGCUUAGGAGGAAAAGCUUACCAAAAAUGUAUCUUGACCUUUUUUUAGCCUUUCCAAGAACCAUUAUCUUGCCCAUGGUAUUUACCUCAUUUUUGUGUCUGUCUGCUGUGGGUGAGCUUUAUUUUUAAGAUACUGAAGUCUGUACCUGUUUCAGCUGUUGAGUGAGUAUUCUGUGAAGCUUGCCAAGGAACCCCUCCGGAAGGAUUUGGGCUCUUUAUGAACCAGAAGUGUUUGCUCACAUGGUAAAUGAUCCACAUGACAUGUAAAUCCUCUUUAGUGUUAACGUCUGUCCUUACAAGCAAGUGUAUUAUGGUGAAACAUGUACCAAUUCUGUCAUCACUGUGAUGGUUGGAAAUUUGCAUUUAACAAUCUAAUUGAGAAAGUAAGUUAGGUUUUUUUUUUUAUUUGCCAUAAGCCAUGCAGAAGUUCAAAGCAAUAAUGUCAGGUUUAUGGCAAAUGUGGGUAAGCGAGCCUUUUGAAUGCUUUUUAUUGCUCUUCAGUAGAGAAAGGCAGAAGGAAGAAACAUCCAAGUCUGUCGUGGUGUCUCAGCGUGGCAGCUGCGGAGCACUGACAGUGCUUGCUGUGUGAAUUUAUGGCUUACUGUCAAAGCUCCGUUCCUGGCUGCAUGGUGAAAAUGUAAUUAAAGUUGAUAGAGGAGAUGAAAUAA